AUGAGGACGUCUUCGGCUGCCAACGUGGGUGAGGGAAAGGACUCAGAAUCCCGUCAACUACGUACCUGCUUGGCCUACGCAGAACAGAGAAAGUACACUGUACGUGGUCGGUUUUCAGACCCUGCUGUCUCUGGCAGUGACCCGCUCAUCUAUCGACAUGGCUUCUGUAGCAUGACGAAGUUCUGCAUUCAACAAGGUAUCCACUUGAUCCUGCUGGAGUGUGCUGACAGAUUCGCCCGUGACGUCCUAGUGCAAGAAACGGGCCUCAAGUGGCUGCGAGAAGCAGGCUUGCGUGUCGAGACUGCUGAUCAAGGGGCCGCCAUCAUGAAUGACGAAUCUCCCACUGCAGUGCUUCUUAGACAGGUCUUGGGGUCGGUGUCGCAGUUCACAGCAGCUCAAAUCCGGGAUCGGUUGUCUCAGGGCAGGCAGAAGAAGCGCUCUGAGGUGGCGGCCGAUGGGCAGGCACCGCGAAGCUUGAGCGGCAAACCUAAGCUUGGGGGCCCGAAGAACUCCUUUGACGGCGACCGUGACCUCUACGACUACAUCCGCCAGAAAAGCAGAAGCAGCAACGUCAACCUAACUCACCUGGCUAAAGACUUGAAGAAGCGCAAGCCCAAGAGAUGGUGUGUACGGGAGGGGCCGAACAAAGGGCAACCCUGGAGCGCCAAACAUGUUGGCAAGUUGCUUUCCCGCUUUGAGAGAGGCAAAGACAAAGCCUACCUGAACAACUUGCUCUGGGCACAGGACAAGGCCAAGAUGAGCAGGAGCCUCAGCGAUGGAAGUGUUGUGGACCGCCGUCAAGCACACAGCAGCGUGGUGCAUGUGAUGUCAAGGCAGGGUGACUGGGGCGGCAACCAAUGGGAAGGGGCUGGCAGCUCGCGUCGGUACAGUGGCCAAGACCAAGUUCAAGACGAUGGCGGUGAGCCGAGCAUGGCGGACUACUGGGGCGACAGAACGACGGAGGAUGCUCGGAAGAGAACCAAGAGUCACUUUAAGAGGCAGCUGGAGAGGGAGCCUUUCAAGGAGGAGAGGGACCUCCUUCGCAAGGAGUUGGGGGCAGCCAAGGCGAACGUGGCCACACUGAACCAGCAGAUCGGCACGCUGAACGAGAAGAUCGACAACCUGAACUACCAUGCAUGCCGAGUGCCACAGCUGGAGGAGCGCUUGGCGAAGACAGACAAAGCCCUCGAAGAUGAGAAGGCGACAGUGAGGAAGCUCAAGGCUGAGGGCCCCCUCUCGGAGAUGCUCAAAUUGGGGAUGCAGGCCGAAGCUGGAAAGGUGCGCAUUAAGGAACUGGAGGAGACCGUUGCCAAAGAGAAGGCGGCAUUGGAGGAGGAAAAGACAAAGCAUGGCAAGCUCAAGACGGCGAACGAGGGCGUGAUCAAGGCGAAAGACCGUGAGAUCGCGCGUCUGCGAAAGGAGAAGACGACUGCCGAUGCUGCCCGCGAGAAGGAAGCCGAGCGUGCAAAGAUGGCUAGCGACUCGCUGCAGGCCAAGAACGAUGCCCUCGCCAGUGAGCUCUUGCUGCUUAAGGUUACCUACGAGCAGCGCAUCACGGAGAAGCUGGCUGACCACGCGUUCCUGCAGGAGGCCAACAUGGGUCUGUCGACAGACUUGCUGAAGACGAAGCAGGAGCUUGAGAAGACAAACCGGGAGCUUGAACGCUUGCAGGAGGUCAAUUGCGUUCUGUCGACAGACUUGCAGAAGACGAAGCAAGAUCUAGAAAGCUUGCAGGCACAGCAUGAGGAGUUCCUGGUGCAGCAGCAGUCUGAGCAGGCUUCGCUGACCUAUCAAUGUUCCGGCUACAGUUUGAUCCACCCACCCCAACUUCGCCUGCUGGCCGUGCGCCUGCUGGCCGUGCGGACGAGGUGCCAACAGAGCUGGCGUCGCCAGAAUGAGCCGCAGAGCCUUGCAGCCGUUCGCACCUGGGAGAGUGCACUUGUGAAGGUCGGGCUGCUGACAUUUGACUACAAGAGUAAGAUUCGGUGCAAGAUCGUUGAUGCUUGCUCAGUGUCGCGCUAUCACAGCGCCUUCUACGACGGCGUGUCCAUGAAGAAGCCGGGCUUGCCUGCAGGGCCCUGA